AUGGCCGAGAGCGAGCAGCGCCAGCUCGCAUAUUGGCUGGAGCAGCUCGAGGGAAGCCAGCCCGCCGAGCUGCUCUGUGACAAGCCCCGGCCGGCCAUCUCCUCUGGCAAGGCGCAGAUCCACCACUUCGCCCUCGAUGACCAGCUUUACCAGGAGAUCCAGGUCUUCUGCCAGGCAUACGAGGCCACUCCCUUUGUGGUGCUCCUCGCCGCUUUCAGGGCGACGCACUACCGCCUCACCGGUGUUGAGGAUGCCACCAUUGGUACACCCAUCCCCAGCAACACCAACCUCCUAUGUGUUCGCACCACCGUCGAGCCAGAGGACUCGUUCCAUGCUCUCGUCCAGCGCGUGCAGCAAACUAACAGAGCGGCCUCUAGCAACCAGGAUGUGGCCUUCCAGAAGAUCUUCUCGGAGCUGCGUCCCGGCGCCGCCGACAGGUCCCGUAACCCGCUCGUUCAGACGAUAUUUGCAGUUCACUCGUCGGAAGAUGCCAAUAGCCCACGGCUCGACAGUGUGACGAUAGCCACGUCCAAGUUUGAUAUUGAAUUCCAUCUCAUCCAGGAGGCUCAGCGCAUGAGCGGUCACAUCAUCUUCUCGGAUGAUCUGUUUGAAGCUUCGUCCAUCCGCUUCGUCGAGUCCGUCUUCAUUGAGGUCCUCGGCCGUGGCCUCAAGACACCCGAGGCCCUCGUCUCGACACUGCCUCUCACCCAGGGUCUCUCAACAUUGGCCGAUAUGGGCCUCAUAGAUGUUGCGCGCACCGAUUACCCGCGCGACUCCAGCGUCGUCGACCUCUUCCGUAGACAGGUCUCUCUCAGCCCCAACGCCGUUGCCGUCAAGAACGCAUACUCGUCUUCUCAGCUCACGUACGCGGAGCUGGACCGGCAAUCGGAUCAGCUCGCCCACUGGCUGGUACAGCGCGGGCUCGCCCCAGAAACCAUGGUCGCGGUGCUGGCGCCGCGGUCGUGCGAGACAAUCGUGGCCCUUUUGGCCAUUCUCAAGGCCAAUAUGGCCUAUUUGCCUCUCGACGUCAACGUUCCCGUUGGCCGCCUCGAGACAAUCCUCUCCACUAUCCAGGGAGACAAGCUCGUCCUUCUCGGCACCGGCGUCACGCCUCCCGCCCUGCAGCUCAAAGACGUGAGCUUCCGUCACGUCGCCCAGGUCUUGGACGAGCAAGGCCAGCUCUUCGCUGGCGCUCUGCCGAUGCCAACGGCUUCUAGCCUCGCGUACGUCAUGUUCACAUCCGGGUCAACGGGCAAGCCCAAGGGUGUCCAAGUGGAGCACCGCGGCAUCGUGCGCCUGGUGCGCGAGACCAACGUGGCCUCCAAGACGCAGUCAAGUGGCAACAUUGCGCACGUUGCCAACCUGGCCUUUGACAUCGCGACGUGGGAAAUCUACGCCGCGCUGCUCAACGGCGGCACGAUCGUCUGCAUCGACUACAUGACGGUCGUCGACCCGGUCACUCUGGGACGGGUGUUGCAUCGCGAGGCCGUGCGGUCCUGCUUGCUCACGCCUGCUCUCCUGAAGCAGUGCCUUGCCAGCGCGCCAUCUGCUCUCUCCGGCCUGGAACUACUCUUUGCUGCCGGAGACCGCCUCGACCCACGCGAUGCUGCCCAGGCCAAGGGCAUCAUCAAGGGUGACCUCGUCAACGCUUACGGUCCUACCGAGAACACCACUUUCAGCACCAUCUACAAGGUCUCGGCCAAUGAGAAGUGUGUCAACGGCAUGCCCAUCGGCGUAGCCAUAAGCAACUCGGGCGCCUUCACCAUGGACCCGGAGCAGCGCCUCGUGCCUCCUGGCGUCAUGGGUGAGCUCAUCGUCACUGGCGACGGUCUCGCCCGUGGAUACACCAACGCGGAGCUCAACAAGAACCGCUUCGUACAUGUGACCAUCAACGGAGAGUCUGUCCGCGCCUACCGCACCGGUGACAGAGUGCGCCAGCGCCCUUCGGACGGCAUGAUCGAGUUCUUUGGCCGUAUGGACCUCCAGGUCAAGAUCCGUGGUCACCGCGUUGAGCUGCCCGAGAUCGAGCAUGCUCUUCUGCGCAGCGAAUCUGUCAGCGACGCCGUGACUCUGGUACACCAACCUGAGGGCGAAUCGGCGGAGCUUGUUGGCUUUGUCACUGUUCAAGGUGAUAUCGCGGAUGUCGCUGCUCAGCGGGACUCUCAGGACCAGAAGGACGCCGACGACGACGGCCGACUCGAGAACCAGGUCGAAUCUUGGAGGGAUCUAUUCGAGAAUGGCACCUAUGCCGACAUCAACACAAUCGACACCACCAAGGUCGGCAGAGACUUUAUGGGUUGGAAGUCCAUGUACGACGGCGAGCUCAUCAACACCGCCGAGAUGAACGAGUGGCUGGAUGACACCAUACACCACAUGAACCGCAAUGGCGGACAGCCACGCAAUGUCCUAGAGGUCGGAACCGGUACGGGUAUGAUCUUGUUUAAUCUUAUCGACAACCUUAACAGCUAUGUCGGGCUUGACCCGUCUGCGUCUGCCGCUGCUUUCGUCAACAAGAUGGCCCAAGCAAGGCCUGCCCUGGCUGACAAGGUCGACGUGCGCGUUGGCACUGCCAUCGAUGCCGACUCCCUGGGCGAGCUUAAUCACCCCGACAUGGUGGUGAUUAACUCGGUGGCACAGUACUUCCCCACGCGAGAGUACAUCUCCUCCGUAGUGGACAAGUUGCUGGCCAUUGACGGCGUGGAGCGCAUCUACUUUGGCGACAUGCGGUCCUGGGCCAUCUACCGCGACUUCUGUACUACCAGGGCCCUGCACCAACUAGGCUCCUCUGCCACCAAGGAAGCAGUGCGACACGAGCUGGCGGAGAAAGCUAAGGAGGAGGAGGAGUUCCUCGCCGACCCGGCCUUUUUCACCAACUUGAUGAGCCGCCUGCCAGAGGUUGUCGAGCACGUCGAGAUUCUUCCCAAGCGCAUGAAGGCCACCAACGAGCUGAGCUGCUACCGCUUCGCGGCCGUCAUCCACAAGCGCCAGGCCGCUCAGCCCAAGACUAUCCAGGAGAUCACCGAGGGCGCCUGGGUCGAUUUCAAGGUCAAGCAGCUGGAUCGUGCUGGCUUGUUAGGCCUCCUACGGGCGUCCUCGGCCGCCUCCACAGUUGCCGUGAGCAACGUGCCCUACAGCAAGACCAUUCUCGAGCGCCACAUCGUCGACUCGCUUGACGACGAGACCGAGGAGGGAGCCGACUGGUUGGUGUCACAGCGUGAGGCUGCCGAGCGCUGCCCAGCCCUGUCGGCUCUGGACUUGGCUGAGCUGGCUGAACAGGCUGGCUUCAAAGUCGAGCUGAGCUGGGCGCGCCAGCAUUCCCUUCGUGGCGGCAUGGACGCUGUCUUCCACCGCGUCGAGGGUCUACGCCCCUUGUUCCACUUCCCGACUGAACACGAGGGCCGGUCCAAAGAGUCGCUGACCAACAGUCCCCUGCGCCGUCAAGAGGCCCAGGUGAUCGAGGCUCUGCUCAAGACAGCGCUGCAGGCCUCGCUGCCCAAGUACAUGAUCCCUGCACGUAUCGCCGUGCUGGACAAGAUGCCCAUCAACGCCAACGGCAAGGUGGACCGCAAGCAGUUGGCAAGACGAGCGAGCGUGCUCGCCAAGGCGACCAAGGGCUCUCGCCAGAUCGUGGAGCCGCGCACAGACCUGGAGCGUGCCGUGUGCGAGGAGCUCUCCAGUGUGCUCAACGUCGAUGCCGUUGGCGUCACCGACAACUUCUUCGACCUUGGCGGCCACUCGCUGAUGGCCCCGCGUGUUGCCGCGCGUAUCAAUCAGCGCCUGAAUGCAACUAUCCUCCUUCGUGACGUGUUCGCUCACCCUGUGGUUGCUGACCUGGCCAAGAAGGUUGGCGAGUCGCUGGGCAAUUCGUCCCAGGACAAGCUGGACCAGGACUCCGGCGAUGACGAGUCCAUUGAGAUCGAGGACGAGGAGGAGCUGCUGAGCAUGUCGCUGGCCACCAAGCUGCGACACUUCAACUCUGUUGCCCGUCCGCAGUGCGUCAAGUCGCUAGGCAUGGCCGGCGAGGACAUCGAGGAGAUUUUGCCCGCCACCGGUGUCCAGACCCGCAUGCUCGUCUUCGUCGAAGAGGCCGAGGAGAUGAACAUCACCAAGCCCUGCAUCGAGCACUUUGUUUACCACGUGCCCGACGAGCUCGACCCCGCCCGCCUUGAGCAGGCCAUCGUCGACGUCACCAAGCGGCACGACGCCUUCCGCACCGUCUGGGUGCAGGUCGAGCACCCCCUGAGCCCCUACGCCCAGUGCAUCCUCAACCCUGCGCACCCCCGUGCCCAGCUGCCCAUGGUCCACAGCGUCGUGCAUGAGUACGACACCAGCCCGGAUAGCCUCUGGGAGCAGACCAUCGGCAGCGCCCAACGCACCGCCGAGGAGUACAUCCGCCUGGACCGCGUCGGUGCCGUUGUACAGGUCGUGCACUCGGCCGACAACAAGCACCACGUCCUCAUUUUCUCCCUCUUCCAUCUCAUCUACGACGGUGUGAGUCUCGACUUCCUGCGCCGCUCAUUCGCCCAGGCAUACGAGGGCGUUCCUCCCAGCAACCUGCCAGCGGUCGGCAUGCGCCUCCCCGUCGAGGAGCACUACGGGACCGACUGGCUUGCCACUAGCAUGUACUGGAUGAAGCGUCUGGCGGGUGUGGCCCCCUUUAAGGCUGGCCAGACGGUGCUCAAGGGUGCGGUUCCCGGAAAGUUCACGUCGAUCCUCACCACCCAGGACACCGCCUGCGAGAUCCUCGAGUCCUCCAUCAGCUUGAACGAGCUCUUCUCCCUCAGCAAGACCAAGUUCCCCUCGCCCAUGGCCAUUGUUCAGGGUGCCUGGGCCAUGACACUAGCGCAGACUCUCGUCAAGGCCAAUAACGCUGGCCAGGAGCCUUCCGCGGCCAACCUCGACGUGCAAUUUGGCAGCGUCUUCCACGGCCGUCAUAGCCCCGAGGCCCUCCGCUGCGUGGCCCUGAUGCUAGACGUCUUCCCCACACGCAUCGUCUUCUCGGACGCGUACAAGAGUGAGGAGAAAGGCGGACCUAAGAAGCGCACGCACCGCGAGAUCUGCCAGGAGCUGUUCACGCAGUACGUCGACUCCAUGGCGUACUCGGAGAUGCCCUGUCCCACCAUCGACUUUGCCAAGCUGACGCGUCGCUUCGACAACACUAUCAUCCUGCAGGCCUACCCCAAGGACGAGGUCGAUGUCGACGCCAGCGGACUACCCAAGACCAGCAUGGAGACCUUGCCCGGGUUCACCCGCGAGGAGAACCUGCAGGCUCCCUGGAAGGAGACCAACCACGGCUACCCGAUCUUGGUGGAACUCUGGCCUGGGCGCGACAGCGAAGACGAGAAGUUCCGCCUACGCUGCACGUACAACAGACGCUGGCCGGGCUACGAGUUCAUGACGCAGGAGUGGGCUCAGGGCUUGCUGCUGACCCUGAACCACGCGCUCGAUCAGAUUUUGCACAACCCUGAUGGAGAGUUUGACCCUGUGAGACUUGUCGAGACAAUACAACAGUAG